UACUAUAUAUAUAUUUCUAAAUGUUAAAAAUGAAAUAUAUUAAUUAUUUUAUACUUCACAUUAUUUUCUUUGUAUUAUUUAUAAAUAUUGUAAAAUCUCAAAAGACAAUUGUUUUAAGUGGUACUAUUUAUGACCAAAACCCAAAGUAUAAUCCUAAUUUCGAACCGAAUUAUGGUAAACUGACAAAAAAUUUGGUUAAAUCAGUAUUAAAUCCAGUUACUCGUGUACCAGAAUUAAAUUCUUUAAACCCCUUAGCAACAACAAAUCGUGAUGGUAGAAUGAUAAAACCUGAAUUAUUCCAAUAUUUCUUUUCACCAAAUAAUAAUGCUUCUUCACCAGGUUAUAACAUCCCAAUACCAAUUAACUUAACAUUAGAUUUUAAUUCUGAUAGUGGUACCUAUACCUAUAGUAAUCAAAAUUUCUUCCCAAUUGAUUAUCAAGGUUUUGAUGUCGAUCCAUCCAAAAGGUUAUAUAAAGAUGAACAACAUAAAUAUCACAACUACCAUUUCUGUUUAAAGAUUAACUCAAAUUUCUUAUUUAAAGGUGGCGAAAUGUUUAAAUUUGUUGGUGAUGAUGACUUUUUUGUUUUCAUUGACAAUAAGCUUGUCAUUGAUUUAGGUGGUUUACACUUAGCCGAGUCAGCAAGCGUUAAUUUAAAUUCAUUAGGUUUAACAAAAGGCAAUGUAUAUCCAAUCGAUUUCUUUUAUUGUGAAAGACAUACAACCAAAUCAACAAUUCGAUUUGAUACCAAUAUUUUAAUUACUUGUAAUUACUAUGACUAUUGUGGUAUUUGUAAUGGUGAUGGUACCAGCUGUUGUAAUGCCCAAACCACAUGUAACGAUAAUAAUCCAUGUACAACCGACAAAUGUCCUUCUCCAACUACAAAGAUAUUUAGCCCAAUACCAAACUACUGUAUUCAUACUCCUUUGGAGUUAUCCCUUCCAUCUGACAAUAUCUGUUUUACCAAACAAUGCAAUAGUACUACUGGUAAGAUCGAUAGUUUUCCAAUUACAUGUUUAGACUUAUCAAAUAACUGUUUAAAGAGUAAAGGUUGCAACUCGACUACUGGUUGCCAAUACGAGUCAACAUGUAAUAAUGCUUGUCAAGUUAAGAAUCAAUGUAACAAUGGAACAUGUGUAGUUAAAUCAUCAGAUUAUUGUGCUAAAGAAUUAGAUGGUGAUAGUGCUGAUAUUUGCUCUGUAUACUCAUGCGAUUCAAGUCAAGGUGGUUGUAUUAAACAAGAGAAAUGUCAACAAAGUUCCAAUAAAUGUUUAGUUCAUUCAUGUGAUUCUUCAAAUGGUAAUUGCUUAGUUGAAAAUGUUCCAAAACCAAAUUCAAAUGAUUCAUGCGAAGUUUCAAUAUGCGACCCAGUCACUGGUUUAUAUUCAUCAUCACCACUUCAAUGCCCAGAUAGAUCCAAUGAAUGUUUAACUUUGAUAGCAUCUUGUAAAGCAUUUACUGGGGAAUGUUUUGAAAUCGAAAUUCCAGGUGACCAAUGUGAUUGUGGCUGUGAAAUUAAAAACAAAUGUAUGAGAUCCCAUUGCACUAGAGAAGGUAAGUGCUCACCCUUAUUAAGAGAAGAAAUUGAUGAUGGUAAUACAUGCACUGAUGAUUAUUGCGAUCCAUGCACUGGUUUAAUUACUCAUGCCACCGCUUCAAAAUGUUUAAAUUGCAACUCUUGUUAA